CCUGAAAAAUUGGGGUGAAUACAACGUGAUUUCCUAUCUGUUCUUCCAUAACGGCCAUUAUUGGCGUACUGCGUAAUUACCAGUAUUUCGUUGUUGCUGAGCAAUACAGGAGAACUAGGUGUAAAACGUUUCGUUCUAAGAAAAACAACAAGAACAAUUAGCAAAAAAGUCAAUUUUUAAAUCCAAAAUCAAGCUUUGCAAUUUUGGGGAAAAUCGAUAGCAAGAUUUUUAUUUUAUUUUAAAUGGACAAUUGGCUCGUGGGAAUGAUCCUAAGAAGAAACCAAAUAACAAAAAAAGUAAGAAACGCAUGCAGAAGGCCUAUGUUGAAAUAGGGAAAUUUUCGUCAAGCUGAAACGUGGCGAAGCUUGAAAUUGCAAGAAUUUCUGCACUUUCUAGUUACAAUUUACUUUGAUUGUUCUGAUAUAACCCUCAGAUUACCGUGAUUAUAACAUGUGUUCGAUGUAAGGUUUAUUAAAACUAAGCUGUGAAAUUGCGACAUAAUCGACGUUGGGUUUUCUCGUGGGCAAAGAGCAAGUGCAACUUGAAGUGGACCAACUGAAGUGGAGUCUGCACACUGCAGAUUCCGCUAUAGGCCAACGCCGCCAUUGCGGUUUGGAUAAGCUCAAAGUAUCUUAGUACAGCCACAUUUCAGUGGCAUUAACCAUUGUUGCCUUCCCUUUUGGUAGUCUGCCACACGUGUUAUUUUUAUAAAACGUUGUCUUAUUACUCAGACUCCGAUCUUAAAAUUUUCAUUGUGUGCCCCGUUUGAAGAUUAAUUGAAUAAACAAAUAAGCUAUUUUUCGGCUAUUCAUCUUCCGUUCUGUGAUUAAGUAAAAUAUGGGCCCUCAAAGGAAAAAAUUGCUCCUGUCUAAAAAUCUUCUUGAAAUGAAGUUUAUGAAAAGAACAAAAGAGAAGACUGAAAAGGAAUUGGAAGAUGAAGAAAGACAAACAGCUUUUGCAAACGAAAUAACCUCAGCUAUGUUGUCACAUGGGAGCAAAUUUCUUAUGGAAUCAAGCUAUGCUGCCUGUGAAAAUCUUUCUUUUGGCAGAAUGAGCUUCAAGGGUGCCAAUCCAGAAAUUGAAAAGAUUAUGAAUAGAUUUAUGUCACCACAUCCACAAAAAGAAGAUUCUUUAUUGCAGAAUGAAAAAUAUGCUGAUGUGACAGCUACUGAGGUUGCACAAACCCUUUCACUCACAAAGACUAUUUCAAGAAAGUUUUCUAAACAAUCUCUCAAGAGAGGUUUCAAAAGACCUGCUGAAGAUUGAGGCUUACAAUAAAUGUUAAGAAAAAUUUUGAUACAUGUAUUUGAAUGUUGAAUGAAAUGAUUUCAUAGAA